GUAGCUGUGGUUGCUGCUACUACUCUUUGUAUUAGUAGUAGUGCCGGCAGCAGCAAACGCGGUUCAAUGGCUUUUAAAAUUCCCCCGAAUCUCGAAACCAAUUCUGGCGAGCAUAAAAAUGUUACCUACCGACUUGCCAGGGGCUGUCAUAAACAGCAGACAUUAACGCCUGACAGACCGCUGCUUAGAUAUGAAGGAAAACAAUUUUCCCCAAUUGGCCCUAACCCAAUUUGCUACAGGCCAAAUGGGCACUGGAUUGACCUGCUUACUGAGGCAAUCCUUUUAAUAUCGUUAAACAACACAUACGCAAAUUGUUGCCUUCAUUAUUCUCACUUUGAUAAGCUAUUUAGAAUGCAACCACAUACAACAACAAAAACCACUACUAAUAUUGCUAAUACUUCUUUUUAUGAUAAUAUGACUACUUUCGUUGCUAUUUAUGGAACCGCUUCGAUUGCUAUCACUACUACUACUACUACUACUGGCACUGUUACCGUUACUCCUGAUGUUAGUACUUCUAGUACCCCUUCUACUAUUGAUACUAACAGUACAAAAACGACUACUGCUACUACUAACGACAGUUAUGACAAAAACAACAAAUAG